AUAAUUAAGUCCUUUUGAAAUGUUCCACUGCGUUGAAAGCAUACCCUCAAAUAAAAACCUUGUGUUCUAGUACCUCGUUUAUUCUACGUCUCCAAGGCUCUCCACACAGCACCGCCGAAGGCGUCACUGCUCUGAGCAACGCUGGACUCGUUCACUUCUCCUACGACCAGCAAGUUGGUCACAUCUAUUCAGUGUAAAACUUAACAUUAGUUGGUCCUUCGAACCGCGGAUACCAGGUAAAAUCAAUUUUCUAAUCAGCAAUUAUACAGGUGAUCAUAAAUCCUUAGGUGAAGACAAAAAUAUACGACAAGCGGGUUGUUAAAUUCGAGAAAAUCUUGACGGAAUCGACACAAGGGUCGAAUUCAAAAUGGCACCUUACGCGGAAGGUAAAAAAUUAUGAUUGUCUGACACGAGGUCUCAAUCAAAAUGGCGAGAAAAUGAAUUGAAUUGACACGAGGGUCAUAUUCAACCUGGCGCUUUUGUAAGAAAUCAGAAAUCGUCACGCAGAAGCUGGGAAAACGACGUUCUAUGUUUAAGCGGUAUGAAAUGUGGAAAACAUUGAGAGAGUGAUCGACACGAGGGUCGAAUUCAAAAUGGCGUCUUGCGCGGAAGACGAAAAUCGGCUAUUAGUUUAAAAUAAAGUUGCAUUGAAAUUAUGGGAUCACGUACCGGAUCGUCAUUUGUUCAAAUAUCUAUAAAAAGGCUUGGAGUCCUAAAUCUUAUUCAGAAAUACAUAGAGAAACAAUCGAUCGCUGCGGUUCGGGCUGUAACUUGAAAUAGUCUACCAUCCGUUUAUAAGUUCUAAUUGAAAGGUGAUGCUUUCUUUCAUAGGUACAACUAUGGCGACACAGGUUCCGGCAGAUAUUGCAGGCUCUCCGAAAGAUGCAGCCGUCAAUAAAACAGUGGAGCAACCGAUUUAUGUUCUCCAAUCGGAACAUGAACGUACCAUACUUCAGCGGAACCAUUCAAUCGUAAGAAUCGCUAACAUUAUUGAGACUGCAGCAAUGUAUGAGAGCGAUGCAAUGUUGUUGAAAACACGCCGUGACAUGUUGAGGGAAUGUUACAAAAAUUUCGACCAGGCUCAAAACUGGUUGGAACAAUUGUUUCCGGAAGAAACAGAAAAGCGAGACGAGGUGGAAAUACAGUUCGUUGCCGGGCUAGCCAUGUUCGACAAAGCUAUUGCCAAUAAAAGGGUUGGCGCAGAGCCAAAGACAAGUGGUGAUCUGGUUCGUCUGCCGUCCGUGGACCUACCGACGUUUUCUGGUUCCAACGAAAAUUGGCUGGAAUGGUUCGAUAAGUUUAAUGCCCUUAUCCAUCAACGAACUACACUGGAAACGAUUCAAAAGUUUGAAUAUCUCAAAUUAUCACUUCGAGGUACUGCAGCAGGUAUUAUCGACUCGCUGCCAACAACGGAAGCCAAUUAUGCAGUUGCGUAUGAUCUACUCGUGAGUCGCUACAACAAUCCCAAGUUGCUAGUUCAAAAACAUACAAGAGACCUGUUUGAGCUGGAGCCAGUUCACGUGGAAUCAGCGGAAGCUUUAAGAAACCUGUUCGACGGAGCGAGAAAAAAUCUGAGAUGUCUCCAAAUACUGAAGCAACCAGUGGAAUCGUGGGAUGCCAUCCUUGUGUAUCAACUGGCAAACAAACUGGACCCCGCUACACGGCGAGAAUGGGAAUCAAAAUCAUCGGGAACUGCGCCUCCAACAUACAAGCAGCUGGAAACGUUUGUAUUGGGCAGAUGCCAAAUGCUUGACGCCAUUCCACCGAAGCGCAAGGCUUUGCAAGAAACUAGCACACCGAAAAGACCGAAGUUUGAGACCAGAUCCUUUACAGCGACCGAAUCAGUACGACGGCAGGGGUGUGCAGCAUGUGACAGAGACCAUUUCAUCGGUCACUGUCACAGGUUUGGCGAAAAAUCGAUGGAAGAGAAAAUGAAAAUCGUCAAACGGAAUUCACUUUGCUUCAAUUGCUUGAAACCAAAGCACACAGCUGAUCGGUGUCUCAGCAGAGGCUGCAUCAAGUGUGGGCGUAAACAUCACACCUCCAUUCAUCGAGAACCGAAGCCAGAAUCUACACAGGGACGAAGUCGAUAUGAGAACCAUUUGCAUACUGAUCUUCAUCAUUUAUCGACGCAAUCCAUCCUGCCGACGGCUUCCGUAUUGGUCUUCUGCGAAAAUGGCUCGCCUAUUGUGUGUCGGGUGUUAUUAGAUUCCGGCUCGCAAUCUAAUUUUGCCACUACAUCGCUGAUCCGUCGAUUGGGAAUCAAAACUGCGGACACGAAGGUAUCGGUUGUUGGAUUUGCACAAAACUUCCGCCCCAUCAGAGAAAAAGCGAUUAUUUCAUUUAAAUCGCGCACGUCUGCGUAUCAAAAGACAGUGCAUUGCUUAGUAACGGAUCAAAUCACCGGCCUGUUGCCAGCUACAGACUUAGACGUUAGUCAGUGGAAGCUCGCUGAAGUAACGUUGGCGGAUCCAGAAUUUUAUUUGAGCAGACCCAUCGAUAUGCUCCUCGGAAUCAGCGUAAUGUUUGACGUUCUUCUUAACGGCAACAUAAAAAUCUCGGAAAAUAUGCCGUCAGUUCAAAACACCUGCUUGGGAUGGUUGGUCGGAGGAAAUGUCAAACGGAUGGGCGCCAGUGACAAAUUGAAUCGAUUUAUCAAUGAUCAAACCAGUCUGGUGGCUCGGGAAUGGACAGAGGAAGAGGAACUGUGUGAACAGAUAUUCAUUGAAACAACCACACGCAGUAAGGAUGGAAGAUUCAUACUACGGCUGCCGUUUAAACCGAAUGCUCAAGCAUUGGGUGAAUCAAAAAGCAUGGCAUUGGAUAGACUCCUUAAGUUGGAAAUCCGUUUUGCACGAGAUCCACAGCUACAGCGUGAUUACACUGCCUUCAUGCAAGCUUACCUAGAUUUGGGACACAUGGAGAAAGUGAGUGAAGCCAGUUUACAGAAUGAUCGGCCGGUGUUCUACUUCCCACAUCACCCAGUGCUAAAGCCUGAUAGCAGUACCACGAAAUUGAGAACGGUUUUCAAUGGCUCCGCAACAACAUCGAGUGGCAUCUCCUUGAACGACAACUUGAUGGCAGGACCUUGCCUACAAAAUGAAUUGCUGCAUAUUUUGCUUAGAUUCCGAUGUCCGACGUUUGUACUAACGGCGGACAUAAAGAAAAUGUUCAGGCAGAUUGAAAUUCAUGAGGACGAUCGUCAACUGCAACUCAUUCUAUGGAGAUUCUCACCCGAGGACGCGGUAAGCACGUACUGUCUGAAGACAGUGACUUACGGUACCCGGUCAGCGCCAUUCGCAGCAGCAAGAUGUUUAAAACAACUUGCGCUUGACUAUGCACACAUUUAUCCAGAAGCUGCAGAGGUACUUGAAACAGAUUUUUACAUGGAUGAUGCACUAACCGGACACGAUGAGCAGGAGCGGUUGAUGUUGAUCAAGCAACAACUGAUCAACAUUCUGAGCAGCGCAGGAUUUGAACUGCAUAAGUGGACAUCAAAUAUAGCGGAAGCACAGGAUGAGGAGCAAGAAACAGACAAUACAAAGAUACUAGGCCUACGGUGGAAUCCUCGAACAGAUAUGUUUUCCUUCAGCAAUGAACUCGACAACGUUAUAACAGCCACCAAACGCAAUGUGCUAUCCGAGGUGCAGAAGGUGUUUGACCCUCUCGGUACUCUUAGCCCCAUAAUCGUCCACGGAAAAAUCUUGAUGCAGGAUAUAUGGUCUGAAAAGCUAGACUGGGAUGAACCCCUACCAGCGUCGCUGGCGAAACAAUGGACCUGGUUUUUCACACAGAUAAGCGAUCUCUCUCAGAUUAGCUUUCCUCGUCACGUUAAAACAAAGGGUCAUGUCGUGGAGCUGCACGGGUUCUCGGACGCUGCAAAACGUGCUUACGGAGCGGUCGUUUUCAUAAGGACAGUCGACGAACAAGGAGUUCAAGUACACUUAUUCUGCGCCAAGUCUCGAAUAGCACCAUCAAGCGAGCAGAGUAGUAAGGAGGAUUUGACUAUUCCGCGUAUGGAACUAAGAGCAGCCACACUACUCGUGGAGUUGAUGGAAACAGUAAAAACGGCACUGAAGGUUCCAAUACAAGCAAUCCACUAUUGGACCGAUUCAAUGGUAACGCUAGACUGGAUCAACAAACCAGAGCACCGAUGGCCAACGUUUAUCUCGAAUCGCGUAAAGAUGAUUAAUCAGAAAACAUCAGCACACUGCUGGCAUCACGUACGAUCGAAGGACAACCCCGCAGAUUUGAUAUCUAGAGGAGUUACCACAAAAAAGUUGUCCAGCAGCAGCAUUUGGUGGUCUGGCCCAUCCUUUCUGCAGGAACAUCAGCAACCAUGGAUGCCGGAACCAGCGCGCAUUCUCACAACCACAACGGAAAUCGAUGAACCUGCAAGGGAAAUACCCGAUCAGGCUGGUACAUUUCUUCUGGAUCGAUUUUCUAGUUUUGGAAAACUCCAAAGAGUAGUCGCUUACAUGUUGCGAUUUAUCAACAACUGCCGGAACAAACACCAGAGGGCUUUGGUGUCGGAGCGCCUUUCAGUGUGCGAACUUGAUGCAGCACAGGUACAAAUAAUCAAAAUAACUCAACAAAGGUAUUUUGACCAAGAAAUCAAAAAUAUAAGGAAAAACGGAUGCGUAGCUAACAACAGCUCCUUGGUAACGCUGCAUCCAUUCCUUGAUGAUAACGGGCUACUGAGAGUUGGCGGGCGCAUACAGGCGGCUGGAGUAACCUACGAUCAGAAACAUCCGUUAGUGUUACCUUCGAAAUGCAGCGUAACCCAGUUGAUUGCAACCGAUACACACCGGAAAAACCUGCAUGUCGGACCACAGGGAUUGCUCUACGCCAUGAGGUUGAAAUACUGGCCGAUCCAUGGUAAACAAUUAGCGCGUCAAGUGGUGCACCGAUGCAUUACCUGCUUUAAAAACAAACCGAAACCAUUGCAUCAAAUCAUGGGACAGGUCCCAGAUGUACGUCUGAAUCCAGGCAGACCAUUCCAAAUAUGUGGAGUAGACUUUGGUGGUCCCUUCAUUAUCAAGGAGAACUUCGUGAGAACUCAGAAAACGCUUAAAGUAUACGUUGCGCUGUUCAUCUGCUUAAGCACUCGCGCUGUUCAUAUCGAACUCGUGAGCGGUUUGUCCAGUGAAUGUUUCAUUGCAGCCCUCAGAAGAUUCAGUAGUCAGCGUGGUCGGAGCAGCAUCAUUCACUGCGAUAAUGGAACUAAUUUCGUUGGCACAAAAAACGAACUGGACGCUAUAGCUGCUAAAUUCGAUGCAGAAGUUUCUCCUAACAUUAAAAGCUUCUGUGCAGCUGAAGGAAUCGAAUGGAAGUUCAUUCCUCCUCGAGCACCGAAUUUCGGGGGCAUUUGGGAAGCUGGCAUCAAAAGCGUUAAGCACCACAUGAAACGAGUUCUUGGAACAAAAAUACCAACCUACGAGGAAAUGUUGACCCUUUUGAAACAAAUCGAAGGGUGCCUAAAUUCGCGGCCGAUAUCGCCCAUGUCUACGGACCCCGAUGAUACCAGCCCUCUAACACCGGGACAUUUCUUGAUCGGCGGACCUAUCAUUGCCCUGCCGGAUAAAAAUGUUUCCGAAACUUCAGCUAACCGGCUAACUCGAUUCGAGGAAAUACAAAAAACUGUGCAGCUAUUUUGGAAGCGAUGGAGAGCCGAAUACUUAAACAAUCUACAACAACGUACCAAGGCAAUGGCCAGUAGUCAACCCAAUCUAUUGGUUGGACAACUAUGCCUGAUAAAGGAUGACAAUCUUCCACCGCUAACUUGGAUCACAGGACGAGUCGUUAAAGUACAUCCCGGCCCUGACGGCCUCGUACGCGUUGCUACACUUCGUACCAAAAAUGGGGAACUUAAACGGUGUAUCUCAAAGUUGUGUCUUUUACCACUUGAAGAAUAUGGCGGGGGGAGUAUGUAGGAUAAUUAAGUCCUUUUGAAAUGUUCCACUGCGUUGAAAGCAUACCCUCAAAUAAAAACCUUGUGUUCUAGUACCUCGUUUAUUCUACGUCUCCAAGGCUCUCCACACAGCACCGCCGAAGGCGUCACUGCUCUGAGCAAAGCUGGACUCGUUCACUUCUCCUACGACCAGCAAGUUGGUCACAUCUAUUCAGUGUAAAACU